GUAAUGGAUGAAUACAUAAAGGAAUCAUUUUUAAAUGCUUGUAAAAUUGGAAUUAAUGAUAAGUAAUUACCUAUAGAAGGUUAAGUAUUUUAUGAAAAGUUUAUGCUUGCAUUUAAGAAACCAGGAAUUGAAUUAGAUUUAAAGAAUUCAUCUUAUUAAAAGAUAGGAAAGUAAUUUUAUAUUUAUAUUUCAUAGAUUUUUAUAGACAAUGUAAAAGGAUGGAUUAAUUGAAUAUAAAGAAAUCAAAAAGGGAGGAUAACCUUCAAUAACUAAAAUUGAUAGAUAAAAUGAAUAAAUUAGUGAUUGGGAACCAACUGUAUUGAAAGCUGCAAAGAAAGGUGAUGAAGAGAAGGAAGAAAAGAAUUAAGUUGUUUAAUAUAAAUAGAAUAUAGAAGUCAUUGAUCUUUUUUUACCAGUAGGUCCUUUGGUUAAAAUAUUUACUAAGGAAGGUGAAGAAAAUUAAAAAGUAGAACCAUUAACAAGAGAAUAAUAUAUAUCUUAAUUAAAUUAAUAUAUAAAGAAGAAUUUGAAAUAAGAAAAGAAAAUGAUAGUUUUAACAGAAGAUUUGGUGAAUGAAUUAGGAAUAAAAGAACAUGAAUCUGAAAGUGAAGAUGAAUAAUAAGAAGAUUAAUAAUAAGAUAAGGAAAAAGAAAAAGAAAAAGAAUAGAAAAGAAAAUAACCAUAAAAUUAGAUUUCUUUAGAAAAGCUACAUAAGAGAAUUGAAGAAUUAAUGUAAAAGAGUUAUAAAAUUAAAAAUUUGAGAUUAAAUUAAAGUGAAUUGAAAUAAGGUGAAUUUAAGGGAUUGUAAAUAAUAGCUGAAAAAUAACAUAAUUAAUAAGUGAAUAGAAUAGUAGGUUUAGAGUAAUUUGGAUUUGAUCAUGCAGGAAAGGUUGAAGAUAUAUAUAGUUUUGCAUUUGUGGUUAAAUAAAUGCAGGAAGCAUUCCAUUGUGGUAUUGGUAUUCAUGAUGGAGCUGGUAAAAAUGCAGGAAAAGUAUAAUUUAUAUAAUAAUAAAAGGAAAUCAUUUUACAAAAAAAUGUAUUUGAUUAAUUGUCUGAUUAUUGUACAAAUAUAUUGAAGAUAGAUAGUAAAUAUAUUCAUGAGUAAAAUAAAUUGGGUGGAAACAAGAAAAAGUAAGAAGGAAUGACUAGAUAGUGAA